AUGUCUUUUGGGACUUCCGAGACUGUAGGGACGGCCCGGACUGAAAACACUACCUCUACAUGCAUCAAUGGUGACUACCAGGAGGAGGAAGAGACCAUUAAGUCAGCACGAACAAAAGAAAGCUACAAAGUCAGAUUUUUCGACGGAAAGGCCCCAGGAACUGCUGACGAUGGCAAGGUUAAUAAAGGGCCGAAUCAACAAAAUCAAAACUGGGGACGAACCGGUUUACUACUGAUUGAAGGGGGUACUAUAAUCCUCCGCGUGUUGUUCGACGAAAAAGUUAAACAGACAGCAAAUGGAAACUUAUCGGCGUAUUUGAAAUUUCCUGCGAAUUAUCAAACACUGUUCGAUUUGUAUCAAGGAAAAGUUAUAUCGCCACUACAGUGGGACGUUUUAUAUCCGACAAGUAAUGCAAAUGGAGUGAACUCACUUGAACUUGAUAUCAUAAUGUUGCAUAUUUUAGUCAUACAUACUUGCCAGUUCAAAGGUGAUGUAUUAAUGGAUAUUCAGAAAUUAGAAAAGAGACGGGAUAUAAUGUACGAUUAUGCUAAAGAUGCGAAAAUAACAGAUGCCAAGUUCGAAACUGAAUACGAGGCUGUUGGUGCAGUUUUGGCAAAACUCACGGUCACGCGAGAACUAGGACGAGAUGUUGAAAACCGUAUAAAGAAUAUGGUGAAGAAUUUGAAAAUCAUAACUAUGACAAAGGAGGAAAUAAUAACUUAUCUAGGCAUUAUAAAACGCUGGUAUUUAUGUGAUAUUGAUAUCAGGAAGGCUGUGAAAGAACUGAAACCGCUAUUAAAGAAUGGUCAAGGUGAAACAAAGAAAGCAAAAGAUAUUCUAGCAAAAUUGAAAAUGUUAGCAGAAGAUGACAGCAACAAACUUCAUGACAUGAAAGACAUCAAAGAGGAGCUAGAAAAAUUAGCUUCGGAUUUGGAAGGAAUAACAAAGAAGAAAACCAAGCUUAAAACAGUUCUCAAUAUCCUGUCCGUUCUCACUCCAAGAUUUAGUCAACCGUUUAAUAUAGAAUCUAUUGGUCUAUCUAUUCCUUCUCUUGACCGCUGGAAUGAAAACGGCGUCCAGUUUGUCCUGAGUUUUUACUGCCAGGGUCAACUACAUGUAUAUACCAAGUCUACAAAAUUUGUUGUUGAGGCAAAACUGAAGAUUUUAUUAGGUGACGAAAGAUUUCCAGAGGGUGAAAUUGCCGCCAUUAAAGCUUUAGAUUCGUCGAAAUUAAGAGAUCAGUUGAUAACAGACCUUCAUUUAGCUGGCAUAGCAACACUUGCAUUUAAAGAUCGAAGUUUUCUUAUUGUUCCCAUAGAAACAACAGAACAGGGAUACAGGAAACUUAUGGAAACAGUUAAAGUUCCGGUUUGGAAAAAAACAGUUUCAAAUGUCUUUCAGAGCGAGCAGGUGAAAUCACACCUUCAUAAAGGUGGAUGUCUGUGUAUUUCCGGGGGUGGUGACCCCACAGUUAUGUUAGAUAUACGAUGCCGUGGCUCGGACAUUGCAUUGAGUUCAUUAGCAGGAGAGGUCAUCACUUCCAGACCCUCUCCGUACAAAUGGAAGGAAGGCCCACGGACCUUCGUCGUGAAGAAGUAUUUCCUGGGUAAAAACAACGAUAGUUCUGUGAAAGGUCCUCAGUGUAUAAUAGUAGACCUCACUAUCAAAAAGGGAACCAAGGUAGAUCACGUCAUGGAAGAUAAAUUCAGUGCCCAAUUGAAUGACAAGAACCUCAAUCUUAAGACAUUGCUUGCAAAAGAGGGCGUGGCUUCAGUUACUUGUGACCAGGGAAAAUCUAGCAUAACUAUUGCAUUUAGUAAUAUAGCCGCUGUUAAAGAAUUCCACGACCAAUUCAGAUAUGAGGACAUAAAAACCUUUGUUGAUAAACUCUUUGAAGAAGUUAAAGUUCAAAAGGUAUUCGGCAACGCCUCGUUUAACAUAUAUGUUGAUGUGAUAUUCAGUAUACCAGAAGUAGAAUGUAAAGGAUUACCGGAGCCAGCGGCACCAACAGCACCAAGGUUAUUUAAAGUCACGGAUAUAACAACCACUUCCGUUACUCUGACAUGGGAGGAGCCAUUAACGAACGGAGGGGUAAAUAUCACAGGCUAUCCCAUUGAGAGAUACGACCUUGGCGAGAAGAAAUGGAUGAAGGUUGGAGUCGCUGAUCCCAGCGACAGGAUGUAUCGGGUGACUAACCUGCUGACCAGCCACGAAUAUUACUUCCGAAUUACUGCUGAAAACUUAGCAGGAACAAGUCCAAAAGUUGAGAGCCCUGAAUCUGUGUUGCUCAGUCGAAACAAAGUUGUAAAACAAUCAGAAGUCGUGGCUACUUGUACAGAAGAAAAAUCUAAGUUAACUCCGCGUUCUAUUCCGAAACACAAGCUGUCGACUCAACUUUCGAACGAUUCAAAAUUAUCUAAAGCAGACAGCUCAACGGAUAAUUUGAAUAAACACCAUAGACAGGAAACAGAAACAAAAGAAAAGAAAAUAGAAGAGAAUCCCGUCGAAGAGAAAGAAGAAACAACCACGCUGACAGAGAACACUGAAAAAUCUAAUAUUGACAACGGUUUAAAUGGAAGCAAACGAGUUAACGGAACAAAAGACAAAAAAGAAAUAAAAAGUGACAUUCGGAAGCGAGAUUCGUCAUUAAAACGACCAGAUACAAAGGAAGUAAAAAGUGACAUUCGGAAGCGAGAUUCGUCAUUAAAACGACCAGAUACAAAGGAAAUAAAAAGUGACAUUCGGAAGCGAGAUUCGUCAUUAAAACGACCAGAUACAAAGAAAAGAGAACCGUCUCUAAAAAGAGAGAGCAACGGAAAUUAUGAUUCAGCCGACAAGCGGGGAACACGAACGAGAGACAGUUCAAUAAAAAGAAGUAAACAGGAUGAAGGUGUUCAUAGCAAAGGUGAGAACAAGGCUAGUGAACAAGGGUCGGUAGUGAACCACUACACUACAGAAAGAAAAGGCGUUCGCGACGUUUCAUCUGAAAAAUCAAAUAAUGCAGACAAGAGUAACACGAGGGAUAGAAUAAUAACAGCUUCUUCUAAUGGACAGAAAAGAAAAGAAAAAAACAGAAGCAAAAAAUCAAAGAGAUCGAGUAGACCGUUUUGGAAGAAGAGAACAGCUUGGACAAAUUAA